AUGCCUUUUGAUUUCGUCCCCGUGCCCCCGAAGUUCAUCGACCUCGCAAACGCCUGCAACAUCAAUCUAAAUUCAGAACAAUUUCACGUCAUCGGGGUUUGUGUUGACUUUCUCAAUCCGACAAGAUGCCAGGGUGGUAAACGGGACUACAAAAUCACAUUCACGUUACACGAUCCAGUAUGGCCAUAUGGUAUAGGGCUGCCCUUCGCAUUCUUUCACAGGGAACUUGAACAACUUCCGGACAUAAGAGACCAAGGUGAUGUCGUCAUCCUGCGAAAUGUGAAAAUGAAUAAGCACAAAGGCCAGCUGUCAGGGUGGUCGAACUCCACAUCCAGUUGGGUUGUGCUCCCUUUCGCCGAGUUAGAGAAGAUUCGAUCUAUCCAAGAUCUGAAGGACAAGGCCAGAUGGCAGGGACGAGGAUGCAAACCCAAUGGCCCGUGGAGCAAUUCUUUUCCAAGAGGUCAAGCAUCCCUUCUCAACGAAGCCGAGUUGAGGUAUGCCAAGUGGAUUGCUGAGCAAGAAGACCCAUGUCUGUGGACACAACAACAACCCAGAACACGGUUAGAAAUAAGCAAUACGAUGGUAGAAAACGGCGGCACCGCUCCUGCCCGCAAAGAAAAGUUCCGUACACUGGACCAACUCGACUUGCCCCGCGGCAAAGAUUAUAUAUUUGCGGAUCUUUUGGGCGAAGUGCGCAAAAUAUUCUCUCCCAACGACUUGACCACCGAGCUCUAUGUGACUGACUAUACGACCAAUGACGGGCUCCGAGACUACAAGUGGUCCAACGACGACUGUGGCCAAGACGGUGAUCCGUUCGGCUAUAUUGAAGACAAAAACUCAAGCGAAUGGCCCGGUCCAUGGGGAAAGAUGACGAUCCUGGUCACAUGCUGGGGCAGGCAGGCUUCUGUCGCGACGCGCAUUGCGAACGUGGGCAAUUUUGUAUACCUGCGUAAUGUGCAAAUCAAAAUGGACAGGAAUGGCUCGAAGUUGGAGGGCAAUUGUCGAGAUGAUCGCAAUUAUCCGGAGAAGGAUUUGAUCGAAGUGGCGAAUUCUGGCGAUGAAAAGCGGAAGGAAGUGCUGUACCGCAAACGAGCAUAUGAGCAAAAGGUAGAGGCGGAAGGCCUCAGCUUUCUCCGAGUCCCUAACCAGGUGAAGAAGAAGCGGCAGAGAGACAAACCUACCGAGCAGCAAAAUGAGGAACCGAAGUGCAAGAGGACCAAGGCAAGAAACCGAAAGAACAAGAAAGCAAAGUUCGAGGCUGAACAACGGGAAAAGAUGGCUGCAGCCACAGUUGCGCGACACGAGCACUCCCUCCUGAAAGCCAACCCCCAUAUCCGAUGCAACCAGUAUGAGGGAGUGUCAUGCAAGUCUAUUAUAGACAUCCUAGACCCAGACAUUUUGAACCGCACGACGGCAAAGGGCAAUACCUUUCGACUACCCUUCCAGAACUGCACCUACAAGUCAAAAGUUCGGGUUGUGGAUUUCUUCCCAGACAAUAUUGCCGACUUUGCUGCCCCACGAAAAGUCGACCAGUUUGAUGAUUUGUCCGACAACGAGGACCUUGACGAAAAUUUGGAUAUCGAUCUCAGUCGGAUGAACGAAGGCGAGGAAGUGCAAUGGGAAUGGCGAUUCCUCCUCCUUGUCGAGGACGCCCGCGCGCAGACAGGCACUGAUGGGCGGCCGACCCAGAUGGAACUGCUCGUGGCGGCCACGGAUGGAGACUUCCUCUUGAACAUGGACGCCUGCAACCUGUGGGACAAGGAGAACCAAGGCGAGCUGGCGACACUGAAGGAGAAGCUGUUUCACUUGUGGGGAGAUUUGCAGGAGAGGAAAGAGGAAUCAGGAACCACCGCCGAAGAAGGGUGCCAUGUCAAACCCAGCGCAAGGCCCUUUGAGUGUCUGAUCAAGGAGUACGGCACACCUGUUGUUCAUCCAAAGGGGCAAGCCAAGAAUCAUGUUGUUUACGACCGACGCUUUCGUCUCUUUGGGACAGCCCUGGCAACUUGA